GGCGCUGUUCCUCUGAGGGCUCGUGCCCCUGCUCUUAUCCCUGGGAAACCCCGUGCGCGAGCUGCCAACGCCCGGCGCAGAGAAACAAACAGAGCGGUGGACGAUCCUGAAUGAGAAGAGUGGACUGUUAAACAAAGCACAGUUAUGCAGACGAUCAAGUGCGUUGUGGUUGGCGAUGGUGCCGUUGGUAAAACCUGCUUAUUAAUCUCCUACACAACUAACAAAUUCCCUUCUGAAUAUGUACCAACGGUCUUCGAUAACUAUGCAGUUACGGUUAUGAUUGGUGGAGAACCCUACACCCUGGGACUGUUCGACACUGCAGGUCAAGAAGAUUACGAUAGGUUACGACCUCUGAGUUACCCCCAAACAGAUGUCUUCUUAGUCUGUUUCUCUGUCGUUUCCCCUUCUUCAUUUGAAAACGUCAAAGAAAAGUGGGUACCGGAGAUCACCCACCACUGUCCAAAGACCCCUUUCCUGCUUGUCGGGACGCAGAUCGAUUUGAGAGACGACCCGUCUACCAUCGAGAAACUCGCGAAGAACAAACAGAAGCCGAUCACUCCGGAGACGGCUGAGAAGCUGGCCCGAGACCUGAAGGCCGUCAAGUAUGUGGAGUGCUCCGCUCUCACGCAGAAAGGCCUAAAGAAUGUAUUUGACGAGGCGAUUUUGGCAGCCCUGGAACCCCCUGAGCCCAAGAAGAAGCGUAAAUGCGUGCUGCUAUGAGCGUCUUUUUCUUUCUCUCCCCCCUCUUUUUUCCUCUGCUAAGGCUGGCCAACAGCUUUGUACUCUUAAAAAGCAAUGCCUAAAAAAAAGUGAGUUUAAAUUUUUUUUUUUUUGUGCGCUCUGCAAUAAAUAUAAUCUAAAGGAUACCCUGCACACACACACAUGCGUGCGCACAGGCACACACACACACACACACAUGCAGGGCUCAGAUCAGUUUUUGAGCUCCCGAUCAUCAUACCACAGAUUUAAUCUAGAUUUACCUUUUAAACGUGUUACUUCACGGUGAACCGGAGAGAUGUGGAUUUUUGUCAUUUAACCAAGUUUUUAACGGCUAAUUGCUCACUUAUGCGUGCGGUGGAAACGGUUACUAGCAUGAGAGAAGAGACAUGCUAGUUACCUUGUGAAUCCUGUUGUGUAGAUGGAGUUAAACCUCUAACCUCUACUUUUACACUAGAACGUCACCAGAAGUGCUUAAAAAGAAGAAAAAAAAUCCUCUUUCUUUGCCAAUAUCCCCACGUCGUAGGCGGUUGGAAAGAGUAACCAUGUAAAUAAGAGCGGAUUAUAAAGGACUCGUCGCAAAGAAUCUGGUUUUCUCACGCAGGGAACUUUUAACAGUGUUAGCAGAACAAGCGGCGUAUCCGACUGCAUUGCCAGGGACCACAGAAGCUUUUUUUUUUUUUUCCUCAGAAAACUUGUAAUGCAUGGAGGUAAGCGCCUCUGGUUUUCUUUACAUAGGUUAACUACUACUUUAAUAAUGUAAGCUGACAUGUUGUAGACGCCACUUUUUACCAAAAUGUUUUCUCUUCCCCCUCUUUAUUUCCCCCCCCAAUGGAUGUCACUUUUUGUUAUCGUUUAUGGGCCGGAUCCCAGCGAAACACUGAUCCACCUGUUAUUUCAUGGGCGACACAAAUAAAUAAAAUGGUGAUAAUAGAUUAAAUUCAGACUUCGGUUUUCCUCUCAAUAAAUUAACACCAUGUUUACUAUUGUACGAGUUGCCCAGGUGGGUCAAGGUUGAUCUGAUUUCCUGUCAUUUAUCACCAGUUUUUUGUUUUUCAUCUCCAUGUAAGACCAAAUGCUCUGUAUGAAGUCUGUCCUUUGUACUGUAUAUGCAUUCUUUUAAAGAUUAUUAAACUUGUACCUUAAUUGCCUUCAUAUUGUUUACUUCUGUCUGGACGUAAUCAGGAUCGUCACCUGUUUAUCCCUCCCCACCCACCCCUGCCAGAAUUUUUUUUUUUUUGCUUCAACUGCCAAUAGUACAUGUAUUCCGGAUUAACAAUAAGCUCAUAUGACAUGAAGGUUGUAAGUGGAAGAAUGUAUGAUUUAUUGAAGGAAAUAAACCUAACAAAUCCUAUUUCUGCCAGCAGAGGGCGCUGUGUGAUAUAUAUUAUGAUCUCAGGAUUCACAUGAAUACCAUCAACCAUGAAAGAGACCUGAUUAUCGCCCUCCUUGUCUGAAUUGGUUAUGUAUGUAUGUAUGUACAUUCUGAAAACUUAUGAACUACAAGAUCUCAUUGCUGCCUGAUAAACCUGGCGUUUAUUUUGAUUUGGAAGAUUAAAAAAGUAUUUCAA